UACAACAGCCCAAAAUAGAGACGGGAGGAUGGACACGCGAGACGGCGGCGGCAUUACUGCCGCCACCUGACCGAGUACACAGUGAGGAAAAAAUAUACAGCCGAGAACGUGUCAGCUCGCGAAAGUGAGCUAGACAUUUCUAGAAGAGGCCAGAACCAACUAUAUGAGCCUUGAGCCAGACGGGUGAACGCAUAGAAGAAGGCAACAUGGCCCAAAACACCGCAGAAGAUAUGCCGCGGCUCUUCCCGAAAAUGUCCAUGAGCGAGGUGGACGAGAAGGUGCGUCUGCUGGCCGAGAAGGUCUACGCCUCGGCCCUGAAGGAGGAGGACACCAAGGAUGCCAUGGCCCUCUUCAACGUGCCUGAGGACUGUCCCAUCGGUCUGCAGGAGGACCGGGAGCGUGCACUGCAGAAGGAGCUGGCCGAGCAGCAGUCCAAGGAGACCGUCAAGAGGAAGAAGAACUUCAUGAUGAAGCGUUCCCAGUCGCUGUCCCUGCAGAUUCCCACUGGCGACUGGAGCCUGCUGGUGCAUUCGGCUGCACUCUCGCCGACCACACCGGAGCCUGUCUUUUCAAAGACCUUCCCCGACUUCCAGAGGGUGACCAUUAGUGGAGACUACUGCGCCGGGAUCACCGUCGAGGAUUACGAGCAGGCGGCCAAGAGCCUCCUGAGAGCUCUGUUCAUUCGGGAAAAGUACUCUCGGCUGGCAUACCACCGUUUUCCCAGGACGAUAGCCCGCUUCCUCCGAAACACAGAGGGGGAAAAGUGGCGAGAGGAGGACGAGGUCUUGCCAGACAUCUGGCCGUUCCCCCGUGAAGACGAGGACUUGUAUUCCAUGGAGGGAAUCCCAGAGAACCUGGACUAUGAGCUCCAGAUGAAGGACGGCAUUGUUCACGUUUACGACAACGCCGAGGCCCUGAAACAGCAACGGCCUCGCAUGCUUCCUUACCCUGACUUGGAGACCUUCGCCAUAGACCUGAGCCACGUACUUGCCAUGAUUGCUGAUGGCCCCACGAAGACCUACUGCCACAGACGACUGAACUUCUUGUCCUCCAAAUUUUACCUUCAUGAAAUGCUGAAUGAAAUGGCUGAAAUGAAGGAGCUGAAGAGUGUGCCUCACAGAGACUUCUACAAUGUCAGAAAGGUGGACACGCACAUACAUGCCGCUGGCUGCAUGAACCAGAAGCACUUGCUGAAGUUCAUCAAGACCACGUACCAGAUGGAGAAAGGCCGCGUGGUCCUCGAGAAGGCCGGCCAGAGGUUUACGCUGGAACAGGUCUUCAAAAGCCUCCAUAUGGACCCCUACGACCUUACCGUGGAUUCUCUGGACGUGCACGCUGGAAGACAAACAUUCCAUCGCUUUGACAAAUUCAACUCUAAGUACAACCCGGUGGGAGCCAGCGAACUACGAGAGAUUUACCUCAAGUCCGACAACUACAUUGAGGGAGAGUACUUUGCACGUCUCAUCAAGGAAGUGGCAAAAGAGCUGGAGGACAGCAAGUACCAACAUGCCGAGCCUCGUCUGUCAAUUUACGGACGAUCUGCCAGCGAGUGGGCGGGCCUUGCCACCUGGUUCAUUCAGCACAAAGUACACUCGCCCAACCUGAGAUGGAUGAUCCAGGUCCCCCGUAUCUAUGACAUCUUCAGGUCAAAGAAGCUGAUACCGAACUUCGCCAAAAUGCUGGAAAAUAUCUUCCUCCCCAUCUUUGAGGCCACAGUAAACCCGCAAAAGCACCCAGCACUUCAUGUUUUCCUAAAAUACGUGACGGGAUUUGACAGCGUGGAUGACGAGUCCAAGCACAGCGACCACAUGUUUUCCUACAAAAGUCCAAAGCCCGAGUCGUGGACCGCAGAUGAUAACCCGCCAUACACCUACUACCUGUUCUACAUGUACGCCAACAUCAUGGUGCUCAACAACCUGCGCAAGGAGCGUGGAUUGAACACCUUCCAGUUCCGUCCCCACUGCGGCGAGGCAGGCUCUAUCACACACAUGGUGUCCGCCUUCCUAACGGCGGACAACAUCUCCCACGGCCUCAACCUGAAAAAGAGUCCGGUGUUGCAGUACCUCUACUACCUGGCGCAGGUUCCCAUCGCCAUGUCGCCACUGAGCAACAACAGCCUGUUCCUGCAGUACUCCAAAAACCCAUUGCGGGAGUUUCUCCAGAAGGGCCUGUGCGUGUCGCUGUCCACCGACGACCCCAUGCAGUUCCACUACACAAAGGAAGCGUUGAUGGAGGAGUAUGCCAUCGCGGCUCAGCUCUGGAAACUCAGCACCUGCGACUUGUGCGAGAUCGCCAGAAACAGUGUGCUGCAAAGUGGCCUGUCUCACCAGGAGAAGAAACACUUCCUGGGCUCCAACUACCUGCAGGACGGCCCCGAGAGCAACGACAUAGGACGCACAAACGUGGCGCAAAUCCGCAUGGCGUACCGCCACGAGACGCUGUGCAACGAACUCAGCUUUUUAGUCGACGCUGUCAAAGCGAAUGCCACAAUUCAAGUGGUGGAGUGACACGUGUUUGCACGUUUUGACAUUUUGUUAAAAAUCCUCUUUGAAUUGGUGUGAGUUGCAUUCGUUGACGAAUUGAGUUUUUACUUCUUUCUUUUUUUUUUUUUUUUACUGAAAACUUGAGCACAUUCAACAUUAGGUAUCCAAAGACGACUUUUCACACUGAAUUGACACAUGCACGAUUUUAAGAAUAGUGUGGAUGAUUUUUACAGUGAUGUUUUGUAAAUAAAGGACGACAGAAAAUGUU